AUGUCGAAUAAAGGAUUAUCUCGCGACCAAAUACGUACUAUCAUGCGUAAAGCCGCAGCAAUAACGGUACCAAUUGAACAGAUCUUUGAUCCUGUUACGCCCGAUAUCAUCAAAAAUGUGUGUUCUGCGUAUCAACUUCCAUACGAAUACAUAUUUACAUUGCGUCUUCCAGCGAUAGAUCGUCAUGUGAAUGCAUCUCAGGUUAUGAGUAACGCUGAUAUUCCAACCAAUUCUCCAUCAGUUGCCAUAGUAGAUCUCGUAUUAAGUAUCGGUUCAGGCGGACAUCCAGGCGAUAUAUUUGGUUCUGUUGUUGCCGAUAGCGAAGCAGAGAUUACAUUAUUAGAUGUUAAUGAACCAAGUUUGGUUCAUUUAUUGUAUGUCCAACAUUUGCUGAAUACAGACGAGGAUGAAUCAAAACGAAUAAUUUAUCAAUAUUCUGAAGAAGCGUUGGAGAUGAUAAAUGUAAAAUGGGAUGAAUACACAUUAAUCGUUCUAGAAGCCAUCGAAUAUGAUUCAUUUUUAACAUCGAUCUAUACUAAAGGAAAGGUUCAAAUAAAUCGUCUCGCUGGUGCUUUACAUAAUGCUCGUCUCGCCGUAAAACUUGGUAAAGAAAAAGUCGGAAGUGCAAGGAAAGCAUCGACAUUUAUAACGAAAAUUAAUAUCGAUAUAACGACUGCUGAUUUUGGACAAAAACUGUCAAAGUAUGGUGUAUCAUUGCUGCAAUAUAAAGAUUCGUUACGGACAAUACACGGCGAUGGGUCAACUGAUGAUGACAGAAUGGAUGUUGGAGAUCAAGCUCCAUCAAGAUUAGAGCUCUCAUCAAUACCGUCUCCGUCUAGUCAUUCACCUCAUCCUAAUAUAUCUUCAUAUGUAUUGGACGACGCGUUAACAAAAGCAGCAGUAAAGACACUUCUUCCUCCCCUUGCACCACGCCAACUUUCAUCGCAACACGGACAGCAGCAGCGAAUAUUAUCUCAAUUAACACAACCGCGCGAAUCUUUUCGAUCACCAGGAGUGCAACCGAUAAGUCGAUCCGAUUCCCAGCGUCGUACAACAGCUCCAGCUCCAAGAAACGAAAAUGCUUUAACAACAGAUCAACAAAAUAAUCGGUCCAAAGGAGGAGCGUCUCCUACAUUGGGAUCUUAUAAAACAUCAAGCACACGAAAAUAA